UUAUUAAGGAGUUGAAGUAUUUUUAAAGAUUUAUUUAAGAAUCACAUUCUUAACAGUACUUCCUCGUUUUUUAUCAUAUAUUUCAAAUUCAUUUUCAGACUUUCAGAAAUACUUUUUGGUCCAGUUAAGCUUUUACUAAACUAGGUUUUCAUGUCAUUACCUCCCUCCUACAUCCCAUAUCAGUAAUGGACAUUAUCUGAUUUAAUCCUUGAUGCUCUAAGAUAAGGCCAGGGGACCUUACAGGCCAUUGGAGUGUGUCAACUCAACUGGCAACUGUCCGUUCUUCUCACUUUGCCCAAACAUCCAGUGGGGCCUGAAGAGUUUGCCAGUUUCUAGGAACUCCUGUUUUCUAACACAGAUACUUACCCCGUGUCUGCCGUCGCUGGGACUGCUGUUUUCCCUUCUGAUUUUGUUGUUUGAACUAUAAAGAAAGAGAGUCAUGGUUAAAAGUGUGGAGUUGGGUGCCCAACUACAUGGAUUGGAAUCCCAGGUCUGCCCCUGACUGGCUGUGUGGCCUCAGGAACUUACUCUUAACCUCCCUGUGCCUCAGUUUCCACUUCUCUAGAAUGAAGGUAGUAGCAGUGUCCGCCCCCAGGGUUGUUGGGAGGGUUGAAGGAGUUCAACAUGGAAAGCACUGGGAAUGGAUUACAAGACAUGAUUUUGUUUCUGAUCGAGCGGCGCCUGGACACGGUGCGGUCAGUGUGCCACCAUUCCCACAAGCGCCUGAUGGCAUGCUUCCAGGGCCAGCAUGGCACUGAUGCCGAGAGGAGACACAAAAAACUCCCUCUGACAGCUCUGGCUCAGAACAUGCAAGAAGCAUCAACUCAGCUGGAAGACUCCCUCCUAGGGAAGAUGCUGGAGACGUGUGGAGAUACUGAGAACCAGCUGGCUCUAGAGCUCUCUCAGCAUGAAGUUUUCAUUGAGAAAGAGAUUGUGGACCCUCUGUACGGCAUAGCAGAGGUGGAGAUUCCCAACAUCCAAAAACAGAGAAAACAGCUUGCUAAAUUGGUGUUAGACUGGGAUUCGGUCAGAGCCAGGUGGAACCAGGCUCACAAAUCUUCAGGAACCAACUUUCAGGGACUUCCAUCAAAAAUAGAUACCCUAAAGGAAGAGAUGGAUGAAGCUGGAAAUAAAGUAGAACAGUGCAAGGAUCAGCUUGCAGCAGAUAUGUACAACUUUAUGGCCAAAGAAGGAGAGUAUGGCAAAUUCUUUGUUACGUUAUUAGAAGCCCAAGCAGAUUACCAUAGAAAAGCAUUAGCAGUCUUAGAAAAGGCCCUUCCCGAAAUGCGAGCCCAUCAAGAGAAGUGGGCGGAAAAGCCAGCCUUCGGAACCCCUUUGGAAGAACACCUGAAGCGGAGCGGGCGUGAGAUCGCACUGCCCAUUGAAGCCUGUGUCCUGCUGCUCCUGGAGACGGGCAUGAAGGAGGAGGGCCUUUUCCGAAUUGGGGCUGGGGCGUCCAAGUUAAAGAAACUGAAAGCUGCUUUAGACUGUUCUACUUCUCACCUGGAUGAGUUCUACUCAGACCCCCAUGCUGUUGCAGGUGCUUUAAAGUCCUAUUUACGGGAACUGCCUGAACCUUUGAUGACUUUUCAUUUAUAUGAAGAAUGGACACAAGUUGCAAGUGUGCAGGAUCAAGAUAAAAAACUUCAAGAUUUAUGGAGAAUAUGUCAGAAGUUGCCACCACAAAAUUUUGUUAACUUUAGGUAUUUAAUCAAGUUCCUUGCAAAGCUUGCUCAGACCAGCGACAUUAAUAAAAUGACUCCGAGCAACAUUGCAAUUGUGUUAGGCCCCAACCUGUUAUGGGCCAAGAAUGAAGGAACGCUAGCUGACAUGGCAGCCGCCACAUCCGUCCACGUGGUUGCAGUAAUUGAACCCAUCAUUCAGCAUGCCGACUGGUUCUUCCCUGAAGAGGUGGAGUUUAACGUAUCAGAAGCAUUUGUACCUCUUGCCACCCCAAAUUCCAAUCACUCGUCCCACACUGGAAAUGACUCUGACUCGGGGACCCUAGAGAGGAAGCGACCUGCCAGCAUGGCGGUGAUGGAAGGGGACUUGGUGAAGAAGGAGAGCUUUGGUGUGAAGCUUAUGGACUUCCAGGCCCACCGGCGGGGUGGCACUCUAAAUAGAAAGCACAUAUCUCCCGCUUUCCAGCCACCACUUCCGCCCACAGAUGGCAGCACUUUGGCUCCAGCAGGCCCAGAGCCCCUUCCCCAGAGCUCUAGGGCUGAAAGCAGCUCAGGGGGUGGGACUGUCCCCUCCUCUGCGGGCAUACUGGAGCAGGGGCCAAGCCCGGGCGACAGCAGUCCUCCAAAACCCAAGGACUCUGCAGUUGCAGCUGCACCUGCACCGGGAAAAAACAGCAGUCAAACGGCCACUGGCCAGAAUCAGGCCCAGACAGCGACUGGCUCCCAUCAGCUCUCUGUGGGCCCAGCACACAAUUCUGCUGGCCCCAGUCCCCACACUGUGCGUCGAGCUGUUAAAAAACCUGCUCCAGCACCCCCGAAGCCAGGAAACCCACCUCCUGGCCAUCCUGGGGGCCAGAGUUCUCCAGGAACAUCUCAGCAUCCCCCUAGUCCGUCAGCAAAGCAAUCCACCCGAAGUCCUUCUCCGCCCCCUCAGCACCCAGGCCAGGCUCCAGGCCAGCCCUGCGCCACCUCGCAGCUCUCUGCACCCCGGAGGUACUCCAGCAGCCUGUCUCCAAUACAAGCUCCCAGUCACCCGCCACCACAGCCCCCGACGCAGGCCGCACUGCUGGUGCACUCCAAACCAAGUGGCCAGGGCCCAGCCACCCCCAUGGCACUGCCCAGCGAACAUGGACUUGAGCAGCCAUCUCACACCCCUCCCCAGACUCCAACACCCCCCAGUACUCCACCCUUAGGAAAACAGAACCCCGGCCUGCCAGCUUCUCAGACGCAGGCGGUGAGUAACCCUGAGACUGUGCAGCUACACGCUGGAACCUUACCAAGACCGAGACCAGUACCAAAGCCGAGGAACCGACCCAGCGUGCCCCCACCCCCUCAUCCUCCUGGCACUCCUCAUCCUCCUGGCACCCAGUCAGCUGGGGAUGGCAGCCUCACCAAUGCAGCUCCCACUGCUUCCAAAAUAGUGACGGACACCAACUCUAGGGUUUCAGAACCGCUUCGCAGCAUCUUUCCUGAAAUGCAUUCAGACUCCGCAAGCAAAGACCUACCCGGCCGCAUUCUGUUGGAUAUGGACAAUGAAACAGAAAGUACCGCCCUGUGAAGAAAGCCACCUCCCAGCCGUUGACCCCUUCCAGCCAGGGAGUGGAACAGGGGCAGGCAGACUUUUAUCUUUGCAGACCAAACAGUGAAAAGCUUUCAGUGGAGGGAAAAAGGCGGCCUUACCAUAGAGAACUGCCUUCUCAGAGCCUGAGGAGCAAGCAAGGCUGACACUUAAAGCUGAAUGACCUGUGUCGUGAAGAAGUUGGCUUUCUUUACAUGGAAAAGAAAUCAUGCCAAAAAAUCAAAGAGAAAGAAAAAAAGAAAUACCUGGAGUGGAAAGAGUAUCCUUGCUGAGACGAGUCUGGGAAGCUUUCGUCAAUGCAGUAAUGCAGGCGGCACCAGUGGCAAUUUGGAAUGAAUGAGAAGCAAUGCGUUAACUCUUUAUUUAAUAAAACACGUUCAUUAUGCAAGUUGCCUGCUUCCUGCUACUUGGACUGUCAUUCUCACGUACCUGGAGGGAGGUGCCUCUCCUUCAGACAUGCUGCAGAACCAUUUUGUAUGAAGUAUAGUCUGUGUCUCCCUGAUCCCCUCUAAGCCACGAGCAUUGAUGGUGACUGCUGGAUCUGUCACCUCAGCAAACUGGAUGUGACUUGUGCCUUGUUGGAUUGCCAGAAUGUAGAAAGGAAUGUACUGUUCUUUUCUUUUUUUUUUUAAACAACGUAAUUGCUACUUGAUAAGGACCGAACAUUAUUCUAGUUUCAUGUUUAAUUUGAAUUAAAUGUAUUCUGUGGUUUAUAUGAAAACUUUA